GUAGUUAGACGUAGACUUAUUAAAUGAUGAUUGGUUAACAAGAACAACAACCUGAAAAUCAGAAAAUUUUCUGUACAUAAACUGUAAUUCAUUCUUGUAACAAAGGGCAUUCUGGUCAGGCUGAUUAACAAAAAUUUGAAAUCACUUUGCCGUUUGAACUCCUCAAAGAAACCUCGAAAUUCAAAAGAACUAUAACCAAUGCAACAACCCCAAACACAGCCUAAACAAACAGAUACAGAAACAAGAUUUUGUUGCUGGAAAAAGAAACCAAGAAAAGAGAUGACAGGGUUGGUUAUGGUGAGUAGUAGUGGGGUAGGGGGUGGUGAAAAUGUGAAGAGUUUUAAGGAAAAAGAAAACCAACAUCAUCAAUUGUGUUUAUUGGAUUUGUUGUUAGCAGCUUUGAGGAAAUCUAUGAUGUUUUGUCAGUUUGAUCAAAAGGAGGUGGAAGUGAAAUCAACUGUUCAUCCAAUGGAAAUUGGAUGGCCGACAAAUGUGCAACAUCUGACUCAUGUCACUUUUGAUAGGUUUCAUGGUUUUUUGGGUCUUCCACUUGAGUUUGAAGUUGAAAUACCUUGUAAAGUACCUAGUGCCAGCAUCAGUGUUUUUGGCAUCUCGGCUGAGUCGAUGCAGUGUUCUUUUGAUACAAGAGGCAAUAGUGUCCCGACUAUUCUCUUGUUAAUGCAGGAACAAUUAUACUUGCAAGGUGGUCUGAAGGCUGAAGGAAUUUUUCGAAUAAACCCAGAGAAUAGCCAGGAGGAGAAAAUAAGGGACCAGCUCAAUAGAGGCAUUGUGCCUGACGACAUGAAUGUCCACUGUUUAGCUGGUCUCAUCAAAGCUUGGUUCCGAGAGCUUCCGGCAGGUGUGCUUGAUGGGCUUUCACCAGAACAGGUUUUGCAAUGCAACACGGAGGAGGAAUUUAUUGAGCUUGUGAAACAGCUUAAACCAACUGAGAUCGCAUUGCUCAAGUGGGCAAUUGAUCUUAUGGCUGAUGUCGUUGAGCAAGAGGAGUCCAACAAAAUGAAUGCGAGAAAUAUUGCAAUGGUUUUCGCCCCAAAUAUGACACAGAUGUCCGAUCCAUUGACAGCACUCGUGCAUGCUGUUCAAGUGAUGAACUUACUGAAGACCUUGAUUGUGAAAACACUACGAGAACGUGGAGAGACUGAAGGCGGAGGAGAAUAUUCACCCAUGUCAUCUAGUUUCUCUGAUAGACAAACUGAGAAGGAAUUUGGCAUCCAACAAGAGAUGGAGACUAGAUGUGAAUCAACAGGGCCAGCAUCAGAUGAUGACGAACAACCUCAUUACAGCUACAGCAGUGAAGACAGAGAUGAUAUCGAGUCAUUGAGUGAGAUAGAAGGAAGCUUCCUACGCCAAGUGGGUGAGAACGAUCGUGCAAAAAAUGACUUUCGGAAACAGCUACAAGGAAUUUUAUGUAGCGAACACAAUCCCACAAGUGCCUCCACCUUUAAUGGGGAUAGUAAAAAUGGGAAUUCAGGCUUGAGCACUGGCAACAGUGAAGACUCAAGAGCAACUUCUGUUUCUGUGGGGCGUAGGGUGCAAGCAGAUUAAUUGGAGCAUGUAGAAGCACAAAUGAUGUCAAUAUGGUAGGUAUAAACAUGGUAGAGUCUGCUGUUCCUAUGCACUCAUCCAAACUGGUAUGAUUGAAUCUAUUCCGGCGAUGCAUCUUUUAGAA